UCCGCGGCCGCUGGGGGACCCGGGUUUUGCCACCGUCGCUGCGCUGCCUCGGGGAGGGUGGUUCUCGUUACCGCCCGGUCUCGCUGCCGGGAGGAGGCGCCCGCGUUGAGACGGGCAUCCCCCACAGCUCCCCGCCGCUGUCGGUGCCUCCGAGCGGGGGCCGAUGGACAAAUACGUGGUUAAACGGCCUCCCGGGGAGACGGGGGGCGGCGGCGGCGGGAAGAGGCCGCGGGCGGAGGAGCCCGCCUCGGGGCAGUCCCCCUGGCAGGAGAUCCGCGCGGAGGGCCUGAGCUGCGACUACCGGCUCCUCUUCGGCAAGGCUGAGGCUGACGAGAUCUUCCAGCAGCUGGAAGAGGAGGUGGAGUACUUCGAAGGUGACAUGACGAAAUUGCAUGUGUUUGGCAAAUGGCAUGACAUUCCAAGGAAGCAGGUAACCUAUGGAGACCCUGAGUUAACAUACACUUACUCGGGCGUUACCUUUUCCCCAAAGCCAUGGAUCCCAGUUCUCAAUCGUAUCAGAGACCGCAUCACUUUGGACACAGGACAUACUUUUAAUUUUGUUCUCAUUAACAGAUAUAAAGACGGUGGGGACCACAUAGGUGAACAUCGAGAUGAUGAGAGAGAACUGGUUCCACGCAGUCCUAUUGCGUCUGUGUCCUUUGGAGCUUGCAGGGACUUUGUUUUCAGGCACUGUGAUUCCAGAGGGAAAAAUGCAACGCGCCACAUUAAGCCCAUCAAACUGCAGCUAGCCCAUGGUAGCCUGCUGAUGAUGAAGUACCCCACCAACGUGUAUUGGUACCACAGCCUGCCCACCCGCAAGAGAGUACUUGCCCCAAGAAUCAACCUCACAUUUCGGAAAGUGAUGACUAUAGCCAAGAAGUGAAAUACUCAGCAAUCAAGCACCAGGUCUUUUGACUCUGAAAAUAGAAGCUUUCUUCCCCAACAUAACAGUCAAUUUCUCAUUCAAACACUGUCUUUGAUGAUCCAAGGUACAAGAUGAACAAAUUGAACCAGGAGAGGAGAUAGCAUACUUGGUAACUUGCUAAUAAAGGCUGCGACUACUGAUCUUAAAUACCAAGAAUACUUUUUCUCCGUGACAUGUUGCUGUAGUCCUGCUGAUACAUAUUUUUAAUGAGUAAUACCCUUGUUUUGCUCGGGAGGAAGUUUGUUCUCAACUGAUCAUAAUCUAGCUAGUUUUCCAAAAAGAUCAAAAUACUCUAUAUCCUUGAGAUAGCGGUGAAAUAGUUUAUAGAUACCAUAAAGUACAAGAUGUAAUCAUUUGGAGGGAGCCUGGAAGCUGAUACUGUUCAACAGGUGACACUUUCUUGUAUGCUCUGUCAAUGAGCUAUAGUUUGCUUGGUUUUUUAAAAAAAUAAAAUACAAGUAAGACUGACAUGAAAAAGAGGAGUGCUAAGAGAUUAAUAUAAUGAGUGCAACAUGGCUGGCUGCAUGUUUUACAGUCUCUAUGACUUUUGUCUGCAUAUGUUUCUCCGGUGCUCUACCUCCUCUGCUGACAUGGGAGACUGGGUUCUUUCAGUCAGUAGUGUGGUGGGGCAGGAGGAAGCACGAGGUGCUACUGCACAGGGAGAGGGCCUCUUCUUCCUUGGGUCCUUUGUACAGAAACCAGGAAGCAUAAGAUGACCUUUUGGGGAAAGACUAGGUUGGACCAUUUAUAUGGACAAUGCAGCAUGAAAGGCUAUAACUUCUGAGAGCGUCUGUUUUUCUAAAUAAUUAUUCCUAGGGAUUCCAUUCUGGCUACCUGAAAGCCAUCACCUUCCAUGCUGACAGUUAAUCCUGCCAAAAUGAGGAAAGACCAUCCAAAGCCACCAACGGGUCUUGCGGAAUCAAGCGAUGGUUAUCUUCAUCUCCUUACUCUGGAUAACUGGACUGCAACUUAAUUUGGCUUUGCAUGUGCAAUCCCAAUACUGUGUGCUGAAUGUAUAGCUCGUCCUAAAACGCUACCCAUGAAUCUAGGCAGACUACAGAAACUUCUGAUAAUGAAGUAACAUUGGUAAAUAAGUCACCUCCAGCGAAUGCACAUCGAACAAAUGUGUCACACGUGGCUGACGAUCCCGUUCAUCUUCUAAUGAAGAGGUAAGGACGUGAAAUAGUUCAUGAGCAUCCUAUUAAAUAGAGGAAUAAGACUUAGAGGAAGCGAAAACAACAGACAUCAAAACAUACACCAGGAGUACUGAUACACAUAUGACUACAUCAUUGUAGUGGGAAGUGAAAGGAAAAAUUACUGCUUAGAGCCCACCUUGUGUAUUAAGAGUAAUCAUUUGUGCAUCUGUUGCAGUUUUGCCAAAAAGCUUUUUCUAUAAAGCUGAACUUGAUAACAGUACAUAUUAUGAAAAAAAUUCUGGGCCAUACAAACUCAAAAGAUACUAAAAUACUUGGAGGAAAAAAGAAAAAUGAGUGCACAAAGGCCUGCUUUCCAUGAUUUCAAUAAAAGCAUAAUUGAAA